UCCCCCGCGCAGCCAACCCGGGGCGGCGGCUGAGGAGGGGGCGCCGCAGAGGCGCCUCCCCCGCCUCCACACGCCCCCUCGGCCCGCGCGGCCCCGCCGCCGCCAUGUUGGUCGGAAGGAGUGACUCGGACUAGACGAGGCCCCUCGGCCAGGCCGGCCCCGAGCCCGCGGGCGCGCGCGCCGCUCCCGGAGGCGGGGGCGCGCGGGGGGCGGCGAGGCGGGGCGCGGGGGCGCGCGCGCAGAUUUGAUAAUGGGCUGCAUAAAAAGCAAAGAGAACAAAAGUCCUUCUAUUAAAUUUAGAACUGAAAACACUCCAGAACCUGUCAGUCCAAGCAUCAACCAGUAUGGAGCAGAACACACAGCAGUGACACCUUCGUCUUCAGCAAAGGGAGCAUCUGUAAACUUCACCAGUAUUUCCAUGUCGCCAUUUGGAGGAUCCUCAGGGAUGACACCUUUCGGAGGAGCAUCUUCCUCAUUCUCAGUGGUGCCGACUUCAUAUCCUACUGGCUUAACAGGUGGUGUUACUAUAUUUGUGGCCUUAUAUGAUUAUGAAGCUAGAACUACAGAGGACCUUUCAUUCAAGAAGGGUGAAAGAUUUCAAAUAAUCAAUAAUACGGAAGGAGACUGGUGGGAAGCAAGAUCAAUCGCUACAGGAAAGAAUGGCUAUAUCCCUAGCAAUUAUGUAGCCCCUGCAGAUUCCAUUCAGGCUGAAGAAUGGUAUUUUGGCAAAAUGGGGAGAAAAGAUGCUGAAAGAUUACUUUUAAAUCCUGGGAAUCAACGAGGCAUUUUCUUAGUGAGAGAGAGUGAAACUACUAAAGGUGCUUUUUCCCUCUCUAUUCGUGACUGGGAUGAAGUAAAGGGCGACAAUGUGAAACACUACAAAAUUAGGAAACUUGACAAUGGUGGAUACUAUAUCACAACCAGAGCACAAUUUGAAACCCUGCAGAAACUGGUAAAACACUACACAGAACAUGCUGAUGGCUUAUGUCAUAAGUUAACAACUGUGUGUCCAACUGUGAAACCUCAGACUCAGGGUCUAGCAAAAGAUGCUUGGGAAAUUCCGCGAGAAUCUUUGCGACUAGAGGUUAAACUAGGACAAGGAUGUUUCGGUGAAGUAUGGAUGGGAACAUGGAAUGGAACCACAAAAGUAGCAAUCAAAACACUAAAGCCAGGUACAAUGAUGCCAGAAGCUUUUCUUCAGGAGGCUCAGAUAAUGAAAAAGCUAAGACAUGAUAAACUUGUUCCACUGUAUGCUGUUGUUUCUGAAGAGCCAAUUUAUAUAGUCACUGAAUUUAUGUCAAAAGGGAGUUUGUUAGAUUUCCUGAAGGAAGGCGAUGGAAAAUAUUUGAAGCUCCCACAGUUGGUUGAUAUGGCUGCUCAGAUUGCUGAUGGGAUGGCAUAUAUUGAAAGAAUGAAUUAUAUUCAUCGAGAUCUUCGAGCUGCUAAUAUUCUUGUAGGAGAAAAUCUUGUGUGCAAAAUAGCAGAUUUUGGUUUGGCAAGGUUAAUUGAAGACAAUGAAUAUACAGCAAGACAAGGUGCAAAAUUUCCAAUUAAAUGGACAGCUCCUGAGGCUGCACUGUAUGGUCGAUUUACAAUCAAGUCUGAUGUGUGGUCAUUUGGAAUUCUACAGACAGAACUGGUAACCAAGGGCAGAGUGCCAUAUCCAGGUAUGGUCAACCGUGAAGUGCUGGAACAGGUAGAACGAGGAUAUAGGAUGCCUUGCCCUCAAGGUUGUCCAGAAUCCCUACACGAAUUGAUGAAUCUUUGCUGGAAGAAGGACCCUGAUGAAAGACCAACAUUUGAAUAUAUCCAGUCCUUCUUGGAAGACUACUUCACAGCCACAGAGCCACAGUACCAGCCAGGAGAAAAUUUAUAGACCAACUAGCCUGUUUUCUAUGCACAGAUCUGCCAAUCUGUAAAAUCCUUGUGUAGACUUCUUCAUUUACAUCCAGGAAUCAAAAGAAGAAAAUCUUCGUUCUGCAUGUUUUUAAUGGUAAACUGGAAUUCCAGAUUGGUUGCACAAAACUAUUGUCCUCCCUCUCCCCUCCCCCCCCAAAUAGUUAAACUAAAGCACCGUGAUUAAUUUUAUUAUUUCAGGGUCCAAAGAAAGUAUAGCUAUGAAGUGGAUGAUAGUGGAAGUGAAAGCAAAACAGUGAAGAAAGACAAGGCAACUGUUUAUAAAUCACUUUUACCCCCCAAAUCCAGACUUGUUAUGAAUAAAGUAUUAU